CGCGUGGCGACGGGCAGUAGAGGGUGACCUACAUCCAGUUUAGUGGCAUACGCAUCUAUAAUUGGCGUAUAUCAGGGAGAAUCGACCUGCCCCUUGGCCUUAUCCUGAUUCCGUUGCACUCGUAACGGCCCUCGUUCCAUGGCGUUUAUCUGGGGAAUAUGACUACUGCAUUUGGACACCCGCGCUACUUCCAGCUUAGGUACGUGCUUGAUGUCUUGAGGGUAAAUCAAGGAAGAUCGAAGCAAGAAACCAAAUGUCGCUGACCUCCUGCCGAUUUUCUGUCCAUGUGCAUCGAGUGAAGCUCGCUCUGCCAUCUGAUACUUUGCUCCGACGUAUAAAAGUCAGUAGGAGGUAUCGAAACUGUCUUCUCAAGCCACCGCACAACAUUCACAUCAAACAGCUCUUACACAAUGAAGUUCGCCCUUGUCGUUGCUCUUCUCUCCGCCUUCACCCUCCCAGCGUUGGGAGAACCCGCAUAUGUUACAUGGGACUAUACGUACAGCAACCCUGACGCGUCUCUCAAUAUCGUCUCCUGCUCCAACGGCAAAAAUGGUCUUGUGACCAAGGGAUACACCACCUUUUCCUCCCUCCCUUCAUUCCCCAACAUCGGAGGUGUUCCAGGUGCCGUCUGGAACUCCACCUUGUGUGGUUCCUGCUGGAGCCUCAAGUACGCCACGCCUAGCGGCAGCCAGACUACCGUCUACAUCACCGCUGUUGAUAAUUCUUACACAUUCAAUAUCUCACCAGAGGCAUUCGGAGAGUUGACUGAUGGCACUGGCUUCGAGGCCGGCAAAGUCAAAGUUAGAGCUCUUCGGGUUCCCUCGAGCAAGUGUGGCAUGUAGAGACGGCGGACCAAAUGCACCUUGGACUAUGGUAUAAUCAGUAAAUAUACC